AUGAUGAUUGAAACAACUGAUGAAGCUUGGGAGGAUUAUGUAAAGAUUGAUGGAAAUGCACGUCUGAUGCGUCGCAAAAGUUGGCCAUUUUAUUAUGAUUGGAUUGAGAUAUUUGGGAAGGACCGAGCGACGGGACAGCAGGCUGAGGACAUCUUUGAUGCGGUUAGCAAUGUGAACUUGUCAGGAUCUGCUCGUCCAGAUAGUCAGCCUGAAUAUAUGAAUGACAUAAACUACGAGACUCCUGAAUACUUCAACGACACAAUGUCAGAGAGUAACCUCCAAUCAUCUGCCGGGACCAAAAAAAGUAUUGGUCGUAAGCGCAAGUCAUCUGAAACUACUGAUCCGUUGUGUGAAGUUAUGAAAUCAUUCUCUGAAAACACAAGUGCCAGGUUGAUGGAAAUUGCAACUCGGCUUGGGUACGAUUACGACGUCUCGCGUGCUCGUAAGGAUGUGUUCUCUGUUGUUUGCGGGAUUGAAGGUCUUAACCUUCAGGAGCAGCUACUCGUUUCCAAAAUACUGGUGAAAAACCCGGAUGAAAUGGAUUUGUUUUUAAGUCUCGGAGUUCAGGCACGCGCUGAAUUUGUUCGUAUGAAGUUAGCUGGAAACAUUUAA